UUCUCAGUUUUGUGUGAUCCAAGCAAAGACAAGGGCAGAACUGCAGAUGGUUGGCGGAUGCGUUGCCAGAAAUGAUUCAACUCUUUAUUAUGCCCAAUAUUUGCAAUUAAUCCAUUUUUGAACAAUUCCGAUAAGGGAAGCAGCUCAUCGCCAGCGCGGACAGUAGUUGUGCUGUUCGUCUUGUGUGUGCUGCGAAUCUUUCGAUACUCUAUCCAUUCAUUCUUCUGAGAUUUUAAUUUCAAUUUCUGGGACGCCUUAAAGUGAGUCGCCUUUUUGGGUUGGAAUCUGUUAGAAAAAGUGGCGAUGUCGAAUCAUCAGAGCGGUGGGAUCGAUGGGGUUGUGGGCUCCGAGAAUGGUUUUGCGAAGAAAAGCGUAAAGGUUAUUAUUGAUACCGAUCCUGGAAUCGAUGAUAGUAUGGCGAUAUUGAUGGCCUUUCAGUCACCUGAUCUGGAGAUUUUGGGAUUAACAACAAUAUUUGGCAAUGUGACAACAGAAGAUGCAACUCGCAACGCAUUGUUUUUGUGUGAGAUUGCUGGAUGUCCAGAUGUUCCUGUGGCAGAGGGCAAUCCUGAACCAUUAAAGAGAGGACCACCAAGAAUUGCCGAUUUCGUUCAUGGUUCAAAUGGACUUGGGGAAAUCCCUCUCCCCCCUGUAAAAUCUAAGAAAUCUGAGAAGUCUGCAUCUGAAUUUUUGGUAGAGAAGGUUUCUGAGUUUCCUGGUGAAGUGUCCAUACUUGCAUUGGGGCCUUUGACUAAUCUCGCCCUAGCUAUUAAGAGAGACUCAACCUUUGCAAACAAGGUCAAGAGAAUAGUUAUUCUUGGUGGAGCUUUCUUCGCAUUAGGGAACGUCAAUCCUGCUGCUGAAGCAAAUAUCUAUGGCGACCCGGAAGCUGCAGAUAUUGUGUUUACUUCUGGUGCAAAUAUUGAUGUUGUUGGCAUAAAUAUCACAACACAGGUCAAAUUGACAGACAAACACCUGGAUGCACUAAGGAGCUCUGAAGGAAGACACGCCGCUCUCCUAUCCGACAUGUGCGAAUUUUACCGCGACUGGCAUGUCAAAUCUGAUGGUGUUCAUGGAAUUUUCCUUCACGAUCCCGUAAGUUUUGUGGCGCUCGUAAGGCCCGAUCUUUUCACCUUCAAGAAAGGAGUCGUGAGAGUCGAAACGCAGGGCAUAUGCGCCGGCCACACGCUGAUGGAUCAAGGAUUAAAAAAGUGGAAUUCGAACAACCCAUGGUCGGAUCUAUCCCCUGUUUCAGUUGCCUGGACAGUGAAUGUGGAAGGAGUCCUUAACUUCGUCGACAGUAUACUCAUGAAGCCCUGAUUUCCAUAAUUCAAUACUGUUGCUUCUGCACUUUGUUUUAUGUUCCAAUCUUCUUCAUUGCUCUGGUAACUUUAUAUCGGAUCAAAAAAGUGACCAUAAUUCCUACAUCAAACUUUCUAUUAUUGCAACUUUUUCUUGGUACAUCUGCUAAAUCGAUCUUUAUCAACAUCAUUAUUGAACUUUAGUAUUAUUGCAGCUCUUUAUUGUUACAGCUGCCGCUAAAGCAAUCUUACAUAUCAAAUCACUGCCCACUGAACCGUAUUUGACUGCUCAAAUUGUCGCUGAUUAAUGCUCAACUGAAAUGACUGAUAAAGUCAAAUCUUAGGACCCAAACUCCACCAAUAAUUGCCAUAUAAGAGAUCGAAAUACAAGUCAAAUUUAAAGAUAUCUCUUCCAGACCAUUUAAUAAAGCAGUUAAACUAACCCUCCCGGCUGUUGACCAAAUUACUAACAUUACUUGUUCUUGACGAAGUCCCAACCAAGUCCUCUCUCUCUCUCUCUAGAUAUAUAUAUAUAUCUGUAUAUAUAUAGCAUUACCAAUCCCAAUAGUUUGACACGUACAGAAAAGUGCAGUAAUGGUUGAAUGUGAAUGAGAGAACAGAAAGAAUCCCCGUCGUCUCCGACAGUUACACACGACUGCACGCACCCACUCCACCUACAAACCAGAACCAUUUAUACUACCAUUUUCGUCAUCUUAACUUAACCCAACCCCUCUAUAAAAACUGCACAUAUAUAUAUAUACAAACCCUAAUUUUCUGCAGAUAUACAUACAUACAUACAUACAGACAUUGUAAUAAUCGGUCUGGUCAUGUCUCGAGUGAACCCAAUGACGGUGGUGGCGGAGGCCGUGUCGUGGUACACUUCACUGCUGCUGGCACUGAUGCUGAUUUUGAGCUGCUGCGAAUCGGGGGAGUACGCCGCCGGCGAGGUUCAGGCGGAGGCGGCGAACUUAGGCAGGCGGUGCGACGAAAUAUAUGUGGUCGGAGAAGGAGAGACUCUGCACACCAUAAGCGAGAAGUGCGGCGACCCCUACAUUGUGGAGGAGAAUCCACAUAUACAUGACCCCGACGACGUCUUCCCUGGUUUGGUUAUCAAGAUCACACCUUUCAACAAUAUUUACAAUUAAUUAAUUUUUAAUUGAUAUAUACAUUAUUGCUCGGCACUACCUUAGCUAGCUGCUUUGCCAAUACCGUAUUUUUGUCUGUUAUUCAACACAUUUGAGUUGUUCUUUGUAAAUAUCGACCUUUGCUUUCCAAGCUAUCAAGAUUACGCCCUUAAUUGCAGGUUUUUGUUUUA